AUGCCUAAAGCACUUCCCCAAGACAUCACCCGAUCCUUCAACACUCGCUACUCCGGCAUUUUCAAGAAAUCUGCGGAGCUCCAUGCCAUUGAUCGACGGGUUCGCAUUUCGAUUAUUAUCGAAAAGCCCGGCACAACUCCCUUCGUGUUUUCUACAGAAGAGAGCGGCCAUAGCUGGCCACCUCAUCUCCAAGACUAUGUCGAAGAUCGUGGACCUAUCGUGAAACGGCCAUCGCAUUAUCAGAGUCUUAGCCAAGGGAUCUCCGAAGGGCGUGUGAGGGUUAUUGGGGCUUCUUCUCUUUCCCCGCCGCCACCAUAUAUGCCCGGAACAAGCGACAGAGAGCAAACCCCAGAUUCGCUCGCAAGUGGGAAGAUGGCAAAAGAGAUGCAGGAACCGCCACCAAGCUACCAGUCAAGAGAGGGCUGGUGCCUUUCGGCCACUCCGCCCCGUAUAAUUCCAAGUCGUACCUCGAGUCCGUUGCCAAUGAACGUGGUGCUCCCCUCGAAGAUGCCAGGCAAUGAUCGAUAA